GCGCAAGGGCCAUAAUGACAAUCCACGUCGAGGGCGAAACUUCUACAAGUUGGACAACCAGGGCUGUCAGCCUUUCAGACAGGUACUCGCCGAAUGAGAAGCCUGCGUUUGGGUGGGCGAAAAGCGGGUUCGAGGGGUUGACGAAUUUAUACCUCAAAAACCAAAAGUUGAGGUGAGCCGUGGACACGCUUCCAUUCUCCACUUUCUUCUGCAGCUCCAUAAAAUCGACGCGUUCGUAUCUGAAAUGUUGAAUUUCAACGAAGAAAUAUUGAUCCACCUCCAGGAAUAGUAAGUUUACCUUCUCCAUCUGGAAGUUGCGAUGACUGCGGCGGCUAACAUCAAGCCAAUGGCGCCAACGAAGGUGACCAUCAAGAGGAAGACCGUAAUGUGCACUUGCUCAAAGAGUUCGAACAGCGGUGUUGGGGCAGCAUAUGGGUUUCCUCCUUCUUCUUUUAUUUCCUCUAUUCCGAUCUUCUCGAGCUCUGUCUGUCCCAGUAAAUUAUCGCUUGCUUGCAUUGUAAAGCCAAGUCUUGUCAUUGCAAACAACAGCAGAGAGAUGAAACCAAGAAUUGUCAUUUCCUUGUUCACAGCGUUAAUGAUCUCGAGAGCAUGGUGCAGAUGCUUUUCCUUGAGGGUUUCGAUGAUCGUCUCAUGCGCCACCUGUAUGUCUUUCUAUUAACGCACUUCUUUUUUCAUCGUCUAUUAUCUCUUACCUCGAAAAUCAAAGUCAAAAUCAAGAUGCAGCCUAGAAUCGCGAUGGUCACGUGGUUGAGAAGGGAAGCAUGCUCUGCAGCAUUGUGGUUGUGGUCCCCAUCUUCCUGACCAACGCUACCCAUUAUUGGAAGAGCAGCCACGAAGAAAAGGAACAAUGAACGUCCUUUUUUCCCCAUUUUCAAUACGUCCUCUGUUCGCCUGUCUGUUGCUCACCAGACUCUGGAGGGAGUUGUGCAUCAGCGAGACGUUAUGCAGCUUCCCGCAAAUGCACGGUUGACGCUCACUACAGACCGUAAGCCUAGUGUACAUACAGGAUUACAGUGAUUUCGACUGGUUGAAUACUUGAACGGAAUUUGCAGAGUCUUAUGUGCUAAGCCAGAAGAUGCAUUGCGUCCACCAGCAAACAAGUUGAUUCUGCUAAGAACUUGUGCUUCGCGAUUUAGGUGCACAAACUUCUGGGCAGAUUUAGGCUGUGAACCCAGCGAAUAGACUUGCCGUAGAAACCGUCCAUACCAUCCAAGUGCAUAAAAUACUGUGGCUUCUUCACAGACUCGCUGAUGUUGGGCAUGCCUUGUCCCUGAAUAACGAUAGCGGCUUUUACUAGUCUAGAAACACAUGGCCUCCCGCGUCCGCUAUUGAUGAUGAACAAAGGCGACCACAACGACCGCAGGCAGUUUAAUGCCUUGCUAGGGCCAAGACGCUUUUACGGAUUGAGAACGCAGUUUCAGUCGACCGCGAUGGAGUUUACAAGGAAGGACACGGAGAGUCUCUGAAGCAGCACAGGGAUUCGGAAGCUCGGUUGUCUGGAAUCACACCAGCGGCGAUAGGAUACCGUGUAACGAGUGACUCGAUCCCUCAGCCCGACUUCGCUGAAACUAGCGUUAUUAGGACUCGACUGAAUCGUUACGGCAGCGACUCAUCACGAAAUCGUGGCUAACAGGCACGAUGACUCCGUUCGUUCUACCGUGACCGUCGCAAGGGGGAUGAGAAACCGGGUUUUACCGACCGUCUGUCAUCCCGCAGGAAUGUAGGUAUGCGCUGCGGUUGAACUCCAACGAAAACACGGUGCAGUGCUGCUUUCGAGAAUGUCUAACCGGCACCGUACUCUCACCUAUAUAGAGUGUGAUUCGGUUAUUUCGGCUUAGCUGCCACGGAGUCAUGCAACCACGAAAGCGCCAGCAUUUGAAGCGAACAACAAUCCCGUGUGUGGACUAAUGGUUGAGGUUUUGGAGUAAUUGGCAAUGAGCAGGAGUUCUCUCGGACCCUCUUACCUUCAAGACAUCCACGCAUUCUGGCUUUGAGCAGAAUAUUGAUGUUCAGAGAAUUUCAGUUUGCAACUAUAUACGGGUGACGCUACGACUGUGCUGAGGCAACAGCUGUGAAGUAGACUUCUUCGAUAGGAAUUCCUAAAUACACCGACGGGGAGAAGGCACGCAGUUGACACUGCUCUGAGAUUUCCUGCUUGUCAUGCUGGUCUAAAAGGACAGCCUACUUAAAGGACAAAGUGCGGUGGCUCCUGUGAAACUGUUGUGAUACAAACAAUAGAGAAUCGGGUUCGUGGACGAGCGGAGCAGCGGAUCCAGAAUGAUCAAAACAAAGGCGAAUACAUGCAUCUACGAUAGCACUGUGAACAGAAUCAAAAUAUGAGUGGCAAAACACAAGGCAGUCGUGAGAAUGUCUCUGCCACAACAAUUUCUGAACUGUCAUGCGUCGCAGAACAGAGUGCAAACUCGUGCCGUGGCUGCGACCCAUGUACAACCAAAUAACGAUUUUGUUUUGUAUGCAUAACAAAGAUAUGCUCUGGAGUACAGUUUUCUGUAACAGAAGCAGCGUGGUGAAACGUAGUCUCGACACAGGUGACUUCCACAAAGGACCCUUUUUCCGCUGCGGGCGAUCAGGGGCCACGCCGCGGCGCAUCGCACGCUUGCGCCUCGAUUUCUCGUGGCAACGCGCCGUUCAUACCAAGGAUACUUCCACGAAGCACGUGCGUGCCCGAUGCUCUAGAAGAGUCUGCAAUGCUGCUUCUUGCGACCAUAAUGGAGUUUUCCUAUAUGGCCGGCACCUAGAAAUCUGCUUUGCUAAAGGAGGCCGCAGUACUCACAACUAUUGCAUUACCUCGUUGUGAGAACUGGAUUCGUGCGCCGGAAUGGUUGCCAACGACGUCGGCCCUGCCGUAUGGGAAGCCGAUGGUACUACGCCUCGCGGGUCUACGAAAAGGAACCCUUAAAGGCCAAACCGAGUUCCAAAGGAAUGACGGAAGCAAAGACUUCCAUUUUCGCGUCGGCUCUUCAUCAAACUCCUUUUGUAGGUGGCUGUCGGCCCAUCCUUGCAGUGGAAGUCACCUAACAGCCGCUGCGCAGCCGGUUGGCAGCUCGGCACGCUAUACUGUGCGGACGGCCCCAGCAGCCUCUUCCCCCCCAUGCCACUUUCGGAAGGGCCUUGUAUGUUACACAGAUGCUUGAGCAAAACAAUUACCACGAACCGGACUUACAACUCAUAAAAGCACAUCUUUCAGGUCGAUGGAGGGCCUGCACUCCAGUCUGUCACACCGUUUCGUGUCCGAGUGACGUCUCUUCUACACCCCUCAACGGCCUGCCGCGGUUUUCCAUUUUUCUGUGCUGCUUCGUCUAUGCAGGGUCGAAAAUAAAGUGAAUAAACUACUUCCACGCACAUUGUGUUUGAAACCGGUCUGUUAUGUUUGCAAUCUGCACCGUCUCCCGCCGUCGCUUUCCACACCAUUUCGAAGGACAGUCCUACCGCUGAAUCGUCGUGGGGCGGUGGCGUGUGCAACCGGCCCGGAGAGUCUUCCCGGUUUCGGGCACCGAGAGAUUGGGAGGGUCUCUUGGUCUCAUGAUCAUAAGAGAUAUGCGAUUGCUGCUGAGGCCGCCGUUGGCUUGUGUGGCGCCUCGUCGAUCGCUCGUCUCAGCACACGAGCACACUUUCUUCUAGUAUUCCAGCCUUUUUCGUCUUCUUUGGUCCAUGUCUCCCGCGGCCGGUUGUCCCGCAGCCGAACCUUGGUCGCCUUUUGCCGCGUGUUCCCUGCUAGUACGAGGCCGAGCGAGAGGAGCAAAUUAUUGCAACGGGUAUUUGAUUCCAGGGUGCUGGGGCAGGAUCUUGUCAUUUGCGUCGCGGUGGCCUGGAGCUCGUCUCGAGUUUUUGCCUACAUUUUUUUCGGGGGGCUAGGCAGCCGGACGCUCCCUCGUUUUCCUCGUUUCUUUUUUGGCACUCAGUCUUCGUCACCAUGCGUCUUUCUCUCUCGUGAAUCGAACGUACUCGAUGCGUUUGUCAUGCUACCUUGCGGAAUUGAACCUUGUGGCGGGCCGUGUAGCAGGUCGGGGCUCUCACGCUCAGAAAAAAGUGUCGAAAGGAUCGACUUCAGGCUCAGGAGGAAAGCGUCUGGUUUGCGCCGAGAUGAAUCACGAGAGGGAGCCAGUUCGGGCUCGCAGAAAGAUGCUUACUUGGCGGCCGGGACACGGCGAUACUCGUUGAAGAAACUCCGGCAUUUGCAUUCCUCACACCAUUGUUGGGUUUGUGCUUUCGUGUUCAAAAGCGGUCGCGAGAGGGCACCCAUGUAAAGCAGGGGAGUGGACAAAGUUCCAGAGUCUGCCAGUCCCUCCAGUUGAAUCCCUUUCGGCGUUUUUUUAUCAGCAUCGUGUAGACACGCCAAGAUCUCUAUUUCGUUCCAGUUCAUUUGUCACGCUUCUUGUAUACGAGGGUUGUUUGCCCUGGAUCGUUUUUGUGUGUUGUAAAAAAGAGAGACCUCUUCCGCUGGUACCACUGUGACACUACAGGGGGAAAAUGGUAGCCUGGUGCUCUGACACGAUAUCAUUCGUUCGUUGUAUGUGAGACGCCAGAUCUCACCGUUUUGCCGUGCCUGUCGGAUUGGAAGACUCUCUGGCAAAAGAGGCGGCAAUCAGAGACGAAAGAGAACACAGACAAAAGGCGACCACGGCAGCAGCAAGGGCGCGAACGCGGAAGAAGGGAAGUUAGUGCUGUGUGUGUGUAUCGUUGGGUACAAGUCGAAACAUUUCAGCUACCCCAGCACCGUAUUGCCCACACGCCCAAAGGGGACGUUUCUAUGUGGUCAGUGUGGUAUUUAUUUUUGUGCUCUGCGAGUCAUAAAUGUUUUUACGUUUUUGUUCAAAAGUCUGAGUCUUUGCGAUUCUUUGUUGCACCGAGUCUGCGGGUGUGCUCGACCACAUCUCUGUGGACUUUUGUGUUCCCUGUUCCCCACUUCAUUUUUCGUGCCUGAUACUCUCAGGCUGCCUGUUCUUCCCAGUCUGUCGAAAUCUCGGUUCUUUGUACCACACACAUUCCCGUUUUUCCGGCAAAACAGUUCUUCGCUCCACCUGCCGCCACGAUGGCUUCUUGUUGCCCCGUCUCUUCGUCUUUGGGGCUAUCCCUUCGUCACGCCCAGGCACUCGACCCGAGCAUUUGCGCAUGCAGCGGCCCGAAGCCGCUUCACUCGCCCUCGUGCUCUCCUUCGACAGCCGCGUCUUCUUGCGCUCUGUCCUCUUCCCUCCCUUUCCUGCUUACACCGUCUCUCGCCUCUACGCGGAGCUGUAGCGACGCCGAGAACUCUCUCGAAGCGGCUGUGCUCGCAGCCGCUGGUGCAUGCGGAGCCUGUGGACAUGCGCCGCCUCGGACGAUCCAGGUGUUCCCAGCAGGGACGUCCAUUGAAACGCUGUACAGACUGGGCCCUGUUCUCUCGGUGUGCCAGGCCCAGCAAGCCAAGGAGCAGCGAGACGCAAAUCGAGAGAGCGGGAAGGAUGGGGAAAGUGGCGCCCGCGGGCAGAAGAGGCCUGAAGACGGCGCACGCAGUGAGGAGAGGACACACCAAAGAGCAGGCGACAGGCGAGGCGGGGAGGGGAGUGGUAAACAGGAUGGAAAGGCGCCGAGUUCCACCAGGCCUGUUCUGCGCCACGCGUUCACUCGGGGAACCCACCAACCGAAAAUCAUUAAAUCCAUCGACAAACAAAGAAUUCCUGCCAGCGCCGGCGGAGAUAGGCUUUGGCGACGCUUGUGCAUGCGUUUGUUGAAUCUUCCCGCUCACCGGAAUGUUUUGUCUCUGGACGCGAUCUACGAGGAGAAACAGAAGUUCUACUUUGUUAGCGAGAAGCUCGAGGGCGGAGAGCUGUUUGAUUUUCUGUUGACAGAGAAAACUGUGGAGGAGCACAUAUGCCAGUACAUCAUCUUCCAGAUUUUGCAGGCUCUCAAUCACAUGCACUCGAACCACCUUCUUCACAGAGACAUCAAACCGGAAAACUUGAUGUUUCGUCGUCGUCGCGGAGCUGCGCCGCCUACGGAUGGCUCGCAACCUGUCCCAUCUGCGGGGUUUUCCCCGGGUUCGGGAGAGCACCCGUCGGAGAGUGAGUGUGGGGACAGCAGCUCGACAGGGGCUUCUUGCUUCGCGAGCGAUUGCUCCUUCUUCUCUUGUGCAGACUCCGUUUCGGCGUUCCAAGGAAACGUAGGGCAACACAGAGGUGCCCCCCGCUCCGCGCUUACCGCCGUCGAGCUCGAACACGAGCUUGUUCUAAUCGAUUUUGACACCUGCAAGAUGAUGGAAGUGACGCCUCAAGAGUACGGAGAGAUUGAAGGAGGGCAGAGACGCCUUGUGGGAACUUACGGCUACCUGGCCCCUGAGGUCUUGCGAGGAGGCGAGUACUCAGUCCAGUCGGACCUGUGGAGUGUCGGCGUCAUCCUCUACAUUCUAAUGACGGGAAUUCCGCCUCUCCCUAUGGAGUUGCUUACUUCCGCGCGGGCGUCACUCAUGGUUUUCUCCCAGAUUCAGGAGAAACAGGGGGGAAUCGACUACGAUGUCUUCCCAUUGCCUGACUUUCCUCUUGCUCGGGAUCUUUGCCAAAAGCUCCUGCAAAUCAAUCCGAGACACCGGAUGCCCUCUGCGCGCGAGGCCCUUCGCCACCCCUGGCUGCGCGAUUUCACCCUUCGCUUCGGAGACGGCAGCCCGACUGCGGUGCCGCCCCCCAUGCCUUCCCUCAAGCCAUGUGGAUGCAAUGGCGCCUUCGGAGAAGCCAUGUCGCUCCCCUUUGGUUUCCCCACGAGUGCUUUCAGUCGAGGCGCGAAUGCGCGGUCGCGGCCGACUUUGGUCUCUGGCGGACUUCCUCAAGAAUCUCCUCGCUGUAUGCAGGCGACUCCCCUCUCAGUCGUCGGACUUCCUGGCGCAUGGCGAGGCGGGAACGUCGCAGGAGCUUCUCAGGUCCCAGGGUAUUCUUCGGGUGUGCCGCCUUACCGGUUCGAGGGAGAAGAGGGGUGGUGGGCCGCCAAGGGCGAGCAGCGAAAUCCGGCGCCUCGCACUUGUGGGUCAGGAUCCUGUGGGAGCGAAUCAUGCAGUCAAAGUCGGUGUCGGCAGGCGGCUGCUUCCGGCUUCUGCCAGGCUGCGCCGCAGGCGUGCUCGUACAAAGCUCCGUCUCCAAUCGCCUUGGCCGCUCCUGGAGGCCUCCGACCCGCGGCCCCUGUGUCUUCGCCUCCGUCGUAUCCGUCGUCGUCCCACUCGUGUUUCUUUCCUCCCACGGAGACGCCAGGCGCGAGCGCGUCCUCGCGGUCGACCUACACCGUAGAGUCUGUCGGGGCGUUCGCGUCUUGUCCGCCCCCGCUGCUGUCCCCUCCAAGGGUGCAGAACGGGGACUCGACGACGCCGACGAGCGAGGGCGCGCCGGCGGCGGAGGAGCUUUCCACAUUGGGCGAUGUUGAAGGCGGCCUCUUCUCAAACGAUCGUGUCGGACUCACGACCCGACAAAACCCACAGGGGGCAGGAAACUGCCUCGUUUGGUUUGGCACUCCCGGGGAAGCUGCAGGGCCUCCUGGGGGGUCCGACGCGAGGCAAGAGGCGACGAGACACGCCGUGCAUGCGGAGGGCGUUGGUGCAUCCGCGUUUGCUCCUCCGGGGUCAGGAAGUGAUCCGCGUUCCGGCGACGGCCGCAUCGGCGCUGUUUUCACGCAAGUGGGUUCGUCGCCUCUCUUCGGACUGUCGUCUUCCUCGCCUGCUCAAGCUUGCAACAUUCCUGCGGCCUCGCAUGCAGUCGCCGCGGCGGGCGAGCCGUGUGGGACUUCUUCCCGGAACGUCUCUGCCUCCCUCGCGAACUUUGUGGACCUCUUUGGGAGGCCCUUGCCUGGGGGGGACAGAGGCAGAGAGCACACCGACCCCGUGACACACGACAGGCUCUUCGAGGCAGAGAAAGGAGACCCGAGAGACGCCGUAGGCUUCGCAUUCGGCCACGCAGACCCAGGAGCCGCCAUGCUCAGCCAUGCGGCACCCACGGGGCCCCUCUCCGACGAGCAGAUGAUGGAUGCGGAUGGCAGUAACGCCAGCUCGCAUCGCGGUGUGCCCACCAGCGAGACUCGCAGCAGGUCUUUGUCCGCCGAGAGAGAGAGGCAGAAGGAUGCCAGGGUGGGGGCGAAAGCCGCAGACGCAGACCAACACCGAGGCGAGAACUUGCCUGUGUUCCCUGGAAAAGAUCAAGCGGUCCACGUCGCGAGAAGCUUGGAGAAGGCGUUCUGUGCAGAUUCAGAAGAGAGACAAGACGCCUGCAUGGAGACCCCGGAGUUGGAGACAAAUGUGAUGCAGUGUGGAACACCAGCGCCGUACAGAGCCGUCGCGGUGACCGGCUGUAUUGGACAGAGUUUGUCGACGACGGCGCCUGCGGUCAAAGGUUCGAAAACUCUUCCGCUUCCGUGUCCUUCGUGGACUCCGACUUUCCACAUCGGGAGUUGCGGGGCGUUUGUAACGCCGAUGUUGGAGGAACGCCGGGAAUCGUGCGGAAGUUCGACGACUCCCUCAACUGCAUGCACGCGGUCAACGCGAGACCUCUUUCAUCCCCGCCAGACAGACAGUCCUCAGGGGGCUGGUCCCAGUGUCUGUGGUCACUGCAUAUGCGUGGGGAACGGCCGAGAUGGUCAGGAGGGCCGGACGGAUUCAGCGCUCGUGCACACCAAGGCGGUUGCUGAAGGCGCAUGCAAGGGCAAUCCCCUGCAUGCUGUUGGGACCUCCCGGAGAGAAACGAGGGGCCGAGGACCGGUCCCGUCGCCAAACAACUUUUCUGGAAAUCUUUUUCUCGACAGUCCGCGAGGUCGACGGAAGCGCGUGGCAUCUCCAGAGUGUUUCAGGGCGUCUGCAGGUGCUUUACCGACCGUCUCCGUCGAGACUGUGGGUGCGGUGACACCUCCGGCGUUUUCGGGGGCGAACUCGGGUCACAGUGCAUGCGACGCUGCUACGUUUGCGCAGGAUUUCGCGCCGAGCCGCGACUUCAGUGCACCGGAAGUCGCCGAGGAAAAUGUGCCUCAGACGCCUCUCAUCUCGUCUCCGUCUCUCUACCCAAGCACGCGGCCGUUCUUCGCAAGUCCGCAGACAAACGGAGUCUCCUGCGUGUCUCCCGUCUCCACUGCAACGACUGUUUCCUCCCUCUCGCAGGUGACAGGGUUGAGCACGGGCGCGGGGCGCAUGGCCUCGGCGGUCCCGUCGCUUGUGCUCCCGCCGCAGUCGAGUGACCACCCGCAGAAUCUUGGCUCGCAGGCGAGCGUUCCAGGAAGACCCAAGAACGAGCAAAGAACUGGAGUGAGUCGACCCGCUGGUCUCCAACCUCUCCAGCAGCAGCAUCUCCAUGGCUACGAGCUGCCGGCCUCCUUCUCGCUGCCUGCAGGGGGCCCCCAUGACCUUGUGAUUGACGCGCCCCUAUCGUCUCCGCCGAGUUCGGGGCGAGCGGGGUGCACGCGUGCUGGGAAGCGGCGGUCUCUAAUGCAUGCGUGUUCAAAAAAAGGAACGAAGGAGAGCGGAGGGGUGGCUUCUGGACGCACUUCACCUGUUUCAGAGUCCCCGAGUCACACGUUGCAGGUUUCACGAAGCCAAGGCUCCGACUGCUUGCAUGCGCAGCUCCACGGUGCCUCCUCGCUUUCGCCGUCAUCCUGCGGCAGCAACACCACGAGGGCUUCCGGGGGUCGUCACAACUUGUGUGUGGCAACUGGACAGUCGUCGUUUGCGUCUUCCUUCGUCGCGUCUUCGCCUUGUUCGCCCGCGGGAGCCAGUGCAUGCAACCCUGGACAAAUCAAUCUGCUCGAUAGCAUCACGGAGCGUCCGAACGUGGCGGACCUCUGUUUCCAGGCGACGUGCAGGUACCCCGGAGACAGUCGGUUCGAGGGCCGCGUGGGCUCUGGAACCUUGGAGGGUCUCGCCGGAGGUCUGAACAGUGACGACCAUUUUGGAAACGGAGAGGAACUCUUUGCCAAUGGCAACGGCUCCAUGGAAUCUUCAGAACAUGAGGUAGGGACCGCGUUCGACAAGGCCCAGAGGUUCGACCUCGGAGUGCAAAUGGGUCAAGGAAAUCGAGGAAUGGUGUACUCGACCGUACCAGUGGCUGAUGCGCAGCUCUGUUUGAAGCCGUUCAACGAUCUCAAGGCAGUGGAAAACUCUUUCGCGUUGCGCCCGCCCAUGAGCUGUACAGGCGAUCGCGGACGCUAUGUCCAGGGCGGAUACCUUCCGGCCGACGGAGUGGGUGGCGAGAUCGGGGACGAUCAUGAAGACUUCAUCCCGGGCGCCGGUGGGCAUCCUGCUGUCACCGUGGUCGACACGCUCCAAGCUCUUUUGAAAGCAGCUGAAGACGUCUUUUCAAUGGGCACAGCGGCUGGGGAUUCGCUGUGAGGAACGUUGGUUUUGGUGGAUCGGAAUCGAGUCGGAAAAACCGGUAAAAAAUGAGAGGGAUGACGGCCACAGAUGCAGAGGGUGUGUGGGGAAAAGAGAGAGGCUGUAUCCAUUAUUUGCGAUGUUUUCGAAACAUCGGGCAGGGGAGGCCUUCAGUGACACCCAGCGCCGAGUGCAUGAAUGUCGAUGUGUCGAGGAGCGUAAAGCUGUGAAUCUGGAGAUGCUGCGAAGCGGAAAUGACCCUGCAGUUUCGGCGACGUACCAUCGUCACUUGUAUACUUUCGCUGUUCAAUACCCUUUUCAAAAACACAGGGAAACGAGCGCCUUUUGGAAGGUACACCGUGUGAUGGCGUGAACCGCAGGGGGUUCGCGCCAAACAGGGAUUUUCAUGAUUUGUGUGGCUGAGUGAUUCUUCGUAGAUGCGUUUUUUCGGCCCUCUUCUGACUGUACAUUUUUAAGAGACCCAGGACUCAGUCGCGUGUCGCAAGGUAGUGGGUCUUACUUUCGCUUUUUGGCAUCCGUUGGAAUCUUGAGCUGCAAUUUUGGUCCGUGUCACUUUCAGAACGAACCCUUGGUCCUUUUUUACCGCUUUGUCUCGGGUAGUCUUCGUCUUCAGAGACUUUGUUCUACUCAUUGAUUCGUGGUGCGGGCUGCUAUUGCUCAGGCGAGCUGCAGAAUGCAGAAUCUCCAUGUUUAAUCUUUUUCGAACAUGUGUGUAACGCGCUUGUCAACCAACGAAUUUUUGCGUGUUUUUCAGGGGUGUGCGUUCCAGAGGGAAAUCGAAAUGUGCGUUCUAUCGGGGCUUUAUUAUAUCAAAGGCGCAUCGCAGACCUAAUGGGAAAGGACUGAAAGACGGGAAUACGUCGGUAACAGCAACCUCUUCCUGCAUUAUUAUGGUUUGGUGUAAACGGAUAGUGGCCGUCGUGCUGUUCCAGGGGCUGCUGUGUUCAUGUUCACAUACUGGGCAGUCGCACGCUUCGUAUACACACACGUUCAGAUCGCAGAAAGUCUUAUCCGUGUUUGAUGUUGUGUCGAUUAAACUGUGGUAAUAACUUGUAGAAUUCUGCAUCUGGCAACCGGAGCUCGUGUCUGUUGGUGAACUAUUCGUGACAACUUCGUGAACGUCAACCAGAUGAUUUCACACAGCAACAUAGGCAACUGGGACAAUCAGCGCACAAAAGCCAAGAGGCACGCGAUCCAGUCUGGUGUUUUUUUUUCAGUUGUUAUACGAAAGGGUGUACCACUAGAAUUGUAGUUCAGGGGUGCCCUCCCACGGUUCGGGGGCAGCCGAGAUGACAACGAAAGUGAUUUUUAUCAUGGUAUCACUUUUUUCAUCCCAAGUGUUCUGAUUCUGUGGCAACCAAUAGUGGUAGUCUUCAACGUUGCGCUGGACAAAACGACAUAGAAACGUACACACUGACCGGAGAAUCCAGGAUUCAGUUAAUGAAUCUACAGAAGAGCUGACGCGCAGCUGUGCUUGUAGGUGCAGGCGAAACGGUUAGAGUUGUUUGUGUACCAGUAGUUUGGUAGAACGGCUGAGGCCGAAGCCGAAGAAGUGGUUUCUGAGUCCUAAAACAAUGAAACAAUUCGAGAUGCUUUCCGGUGGUAACACCAAUCUUCCUGGG